AUGAAUCUGACCAGCAAUAACAACGACUCGCGAAAAGCUUCAAUUUUUUCGUUAAUGAAUUGUGCGAGUAAGGCGGCGGCACAAAGCUCCAGUUUAGGUACGGGUCCCCCGCUAGAAACUGUUAAUGCAUUCCAAGUCACUAGCGAAAACUAUCCGAAGGCUUUGGAUAGGCUCAAGCAACGGUUCGACAACCCAACGUUGAUUUUUUUGGAAGGCAUUGCCUCACUGUUCUCAUUACCGGCACUGGAAAGGUCGAACGCUCAACAGCUGCGCAGUUUAGUAGACAAGGCAUCGGCAAUUUUUAGCUCCUUGGAGUCAGUGGGAACAUUUGCAAACAUCGCACAAGCAUUGUUAAUUAACAUUGUGAUGGGCAAGUGUGAUCAGCAAACCAGAAACAAAUGGAACGAGUCUGUGGACUACAAGUCGCUUCCAACUUGGUCACAGUGCACUCCAGUCGUGGAACGACAUUGUCAGUUCUUGCACUCAUGCGAGUCAUCGUCACAACGAAAACCCGAGUCUGGCAAGCAAAAUCGCGCAAUCAAUCGCAUGCAAAAUACUUCCAACCAUAAACUCGUCGGUUGCUUGAGGUUUAAGGAGAUGAACACAAAUCAACGCUUUGAUCUCAUCAAGAAGCAUGAUCUAUGCAUCAACUGCUUAGGCAAUGGUCAUAGAAUGAUUCAAUUUCCGUCCAAGAAUCGCUGCCGCUGUUGUAAUCGAGCACACCACACGUUGUUGCAUCAUGAGAACGCAUCUCAAACCACUCAAACAACUCCAGUGGCAGGUCCCGCAUUCUAG